AGGCAGUGCGUGGGAACAGCGCAACCCAGAUGGUUAUAGGUGAAACAAGAAUCACAGAUGACAGAGAAGGAUAUCUCCUGGGAAGAGGCGGGCUGAAGUGUGAGUGCCACUAAUUUAUCUGGACCCACGUGAGAAACUAGGACGAGGCUGGUAUGAAAGAUCAAGGGUUCCACCUUUCAAGGAUUUAGCUUAGUUAAGGUCAGAGAGCCAGGCGGUGGUGGUGCACGCCUUUAAUCCCAGAACUCGGGAGGCAGAGUCAGGCGGAUCUCUGUGAGUUCAAGGCCAGCCUGGUCUACAAAGCGAGAUCCAGGACAGGCAUUAAAACUACACAGAGAAACCCUGUCUCGGAAAAAAACAAACAAACAAAUAUCAGAGGUCACAGGGGUUUGAAGACCAAGGGGUCACAAACCUGAGGAGUCUCUCAUAUGAGACGGGUGAAGCUUUUCUAGUGAGUGUCAUCAGAGUUCAAUGGCUAUCAAAAAAUUAACAGGCUCUCUAUGGCUGGUGACACAUGGGCAGCCUCACCCAUUCUUUUUCCUUGACUAGUACAUGGAGGGCCAUCACUCUGAAGAGACCAUGGAGUGGCAGGCUUCUCCCAAGGAGAGGAGUCUUGGCAGCUCAGGAGGCAAUCUCUUUGAGACUUGUUGGAUAGAGGGGGUAGGUGCUGGAGUGACAUUAAAGGGGCCUCUAUAUCUCAGCCCUUCCUGCUGGAAGUGGCUGCAGGAAUGGAGCUUCACCUCAGGCAGCGUCUUCAUCACCAUGCUUACCACUCUGUCGGACAGGCAGACCUUCGGUUCUGAUGCUGGCUGCACCUUUCAUUUCUUUGUGCUUCUGCCUGCUCAUCCACGAUUGCUGGCGUGGUUCCAAGGGUUUGGAGAGUCCUCCUGCCCUUCCCUCUCUCCCCCAUAUCCCUCAGGCCACCUAGGGGUGCCACACUGCACCCACGACCUCAUCACCUUCAGAAGCAAGUUCCAGGAGCAUCAUCUGAAGUGAGAGACCGGAAGACGAUGGCCCCUGAGCUGCAGGGGCCUUCUUGACUCUGCCUCACCUGUGCCUGCUCAUCCCCUCCUCCGAGGCCUUGAUUGUCCACCAAGACCCAGUCCACUUCUCAGGCAGCACCACCAAGUCCGUGAUGCCCACACCACCCCUGGCACCUUUGCCUGGACUGAGUGUGGUUGGGACUUUGCCCAGAAAGCAGGGCUCCAUCAGCACUACAUCGGGCAUGAUUAGGGGAGCCCUUGAGUAGGCAUGAGCCCUCUCUGCAGUGAUGGGGCUCCACAGCUGGGGGAUCCACCCAUGCUAGGGUUGCAGGUCUCCUGGAAGGAUUUAAUUACCCUACCAGGAAGGCAAAAGUUGAGGCCACAUCUGCAGUUUUUCGAGAACAUAGGGUCUUUCCAGAAGCAGAGACAUUGGAUGAAUAGAUGUGUUGAGAAAGCGAGAAGGAAGAAUUACUCCGAUCUCCUUCAAUCCCAGUUAAAUAGCUUCGGAUUCUAUAAUCACCUUUAAUUUUUCCCAGAUGGAUGCCAGGGGCUGCAGGAGGAAAUUGC